AUGCGACGCGCACAGAGCACAAGACAUUAUCCUCGCCCUUCUCUAGCACUCGCGGCAGACGACCUAGGUGUCCUGCGGGAAGGGGAUGAAUCCGACCUGGACGUCUUGAGGCGGCAGCUGUUAGACAAAGAUAGAGAAUGCGAUAAACUGCAAAUGUCGAUUCAGGCCCUGCAAGACCAGCUCGCACAGCGGCCGCCCAUCGAACAUGUGCAAGCAUUAGAGCGGGAGUUCAAGAAUCUGGAGCUACUUCUCCAAGGAACCCAAAGGGAGAACGAGAAGUGCAUGGCCGAUCUCGACAGGUAUAAACUGCGCGAAAAGACCCUCGAGCGCGAGCUAGCCCGUCUGGCAGGCGAGAACUGGCAGUCCAACCUCGAGGUGCCCCUGCCACCCUCAGGCACGAUCCGGGGCAUGCACCAGCGGUCCAACACGAUCAACUCGCCCAUCGUGGGUGGGGCCCGGCGCACACACUCGCCCUCGCCCUCACCGCGUGCAGAUGCGUACCACCACCCAAAUGCCUCCCCAGGAGCACGCCAUACGCACAACGUGUCUCGAUCAUCUAUCGUCCACAGCCCGACGCCUCCAGCGGUGAUUGAUGAGGAGCGGGAGGCGGCGAGGGAGGAAAGGGAGAGGGAGCGCCUUGCGCAGCUUGAGCAGAUGAAGCUCUUGAUUUUGGGCAUGCAGCAGCGGUUGGAGAUUCGGGAGGAGAAGCUCGUGAAGAUGGUAGAGAAGGCGGAGAGUGAGGGCAGGAGGUUCGAGGGUGCCGCAGUCGAGCUGAAGGCACAUGCGGCUUGA